AUUCGCCACAUAUUUGUAUUUUUGAUAGGUUUAAGUCAAACUAUAAGUGGACAAGGCGAUACCCAGGAGGGCACGGCGAGGGGAGGAGCGCUACAGCGACGCGUGCGGCAUGAUCGGGCAACUCAGCGAGUGCGGGGGCGGGCACGGGGCAUGGGCAGCCGCGCGGACGUGUGCGGCAGUUUGGGUCUGGUUGUGGUGACGGGAAGGGUGGCAGAGCGCGGGAGUGAGCUCUGUGACGCGCGCCGUGGACACGCGACACAGGCAGCCACUGACGCACGCCACCUCCAGGCGGAGUCGCAAUCUUAGCAACGCGAACCUGUUGCUGGCGUGACACUCCUGCUGCCUGCCGACGUGAACGGUUCGUGCUAGGGUUUGCAGUACGAGCCGCGGCCUAGGCGAGCAUAACCCAGCCAGUAGCAUGUUAUGUAAUACCGGUGACACUCGCAAGAAAACCACUAAAAUAAGAUACAGAUUCGUUACAACACAAGUGACCUCAACAACAAAUACCUCCACACAGCAGUCACAAAUGGAAGACUAACACACCCACAACAAAACACUGCCCUCCCACCUUCAGCACAUGGGUAUUGUUACGUACAUCCGGAGGUUGUGCUCACCGCGAACUGGUCUUGUGACGAUGUGCGGGAACGGCCGUGUCAGUAGGCAGUGACGGGAGUACUCGUUCGAAAGCCAAACAAACUCUUGGGAAGUGAGUACCGCUGCAGUGUUCGCUAUGAUGCCCGAGGACAUGGCAUCCUCCCCUGGGGUCGGACUACCCCUCGCCCCGGGAAUGUGGAGUGCCAACCCCGACACGGGCCUGGUGACGCUGACGGAGGCAGCGCUGGCCAGGCUCAUCAACCCGGACCCCAUCGACAAGUGGUACCUGCUGGACCCCGAGCCCCUGGCCAGGGGCCAGUUCGCCGUGGUGUACCACUGCCGCCACCGCAUCACCGGGGGGGAGUUCGCCGCCAAGUUCUCGUCGCGGUUGCGCCUCGGCUCAGACUGCACGUCGGACAUCCUGCACGAGGUCGGCGUGUGCGCGCUGCUGCGGCAGGCGAAGCGCACCGUGCAGCUGGCGGAGGUGUUCCGCACAGAGACGGAGCUGGUGCUCGUCAUGGAGUACGCCGCCGGCGGGGACCUACAGACGCUGCUGGACGAGGACUUGGUGCCCUACGAGCGUGACGUCAUCAGCUUCACGCGACAGCUCCUGGAGGGACUGGUGUUGGUGCACGACCUCAGCCUGGUGCACCUGGACAUCAAGCCGCAGAAUCUCGUGCUAAUGGGAGAGUUUCCGGAUUGCGACGUCAAGCUGUGCGACUUCGAGAUCUCACGAGUCCUGACGCCCGGCCGGGAGGUGCGCGAGAUUCUGGGCACGCCGGACUACGUGGCUCCCGAGAUUAUCCUGUACGAACCGAUUACAACGAAGACCGAUAUGUGGUCCCUGGGCGUGUUGGUCUAUGUGCUCCUGACGGGGUUCCUGCCCUUCGGAGGCGACACGGACCAAGAGACCUUCCUGGAGAUAACACUUGGCGAGCUGGACUUCCCCGAGGAGCUGUUUGAGGACAUCUCCGCCGAGGCCAUCGACUUCAUCAAGAAACUCCUGAUUCGCAAACCACAGUCCCGGAUGAGCGCGCGGGAGUGCCUCGAACACCCCUGGAUGAAGGCAGACCUCAGCAAAGCCAAGAUCCCGCCUCAGGCACUCCUCAAGCCGCCCACCUCCCUGCCCCUCACCUCCAUCAACACGCCCCUGGACCCCGCCGCGCCUCCCGUCACCAGCCCCACCGCGGUCCCGGGAAGGCGAGGCUCCAGCGUGCAUUCCCCGUCCCUCAUGUCUGCUCUCUCUGACAUGAUCACGUCUUCUGGUGGCCUCGAUCCGCACGCCCGCUCCUGCGCCUCCCUCAGUAACACCCCGGUGGUUCUCACGCCCACCAACACCACCCCCGCGGCCGUCACCCCCACCGGUACCACGCCCACAAUUCUCACCCCUAUGAGCUCCUCGCCGCGGGACAUCGGGUUGCCUCCUAUCCACCCGCUCUCAGGGCCGAAGACUUCCGCCGUCAACUCCGCCUACUCGUCCACGAACUCGCUCUACCGUGGAGGCUCCCGGCAGAGUCUCGACCGCGCCAGGAGCCUCUCGAAGUCCCGCGAGGUGCUCUUCGAGAGGAUGCAGAUGUCCAACCAGAAGAAGACGCUAUCGAAGUCCCGUGAAAGGCUCCACGAAGGACGCCUGGGGCUCUCGAGGUCACGCGAAGACCUGUGGGCACUUAGGUCGUUCUCCCACUCCGAGGAGGCUUUGUCGGUGUUCAGUUGGCUUAACCAAGACGACUCGGUCUACAAGAGCUGCAACAACGUCUUCCUGCCGAUGCUGCCGAUGCUGGACGAGAACAGAGUCUCCGGCCGCCUCUACAAGAGUCUCGCGUCCAUUGACAAGAUCGACGAGGUGGGCACCGAGGCCAACGACAUGAGUGAGCGGCAGAGCAUCUACGACUCGAGGUUCUCCAUCAACGACGAGGAGUACAACCACCUCAUCACCAAGUACAACACCGCCGUCAACAGACACAGGGGCGCCGCGGAGGCUCAGGGGCGGGCAAAGAGUGACCGCACCAAGAGCCCCGUGCCGGAGAGGGGGCGGCUGCGGGAGACGGAAAGCAGGGGCGGCCGCGGCGCCUCGCCCUGCCAAAAGUCCUGCAGGUCCUGCCCGCGACACAGACCCGAGCCGCAGAAGACCCCGAAGGUGAAUCGGCCGGACAGAACCAAGCGAGAGGUCCAUCGAAGGCGUAAAGGCAAGAAGGAGAAGGAGAAGCAGAGGCCAGCAUCCCCGGCCGUGAAGCACCCACCGAACGACCCCGAGACGCACAGACACAACGAUAAGGCUAACGAGAAACAGACGACGACGACAACAACAACCAACACCCGCGCCCCGUCCCCGAACAAGCGCCGCGGGUCCGUCUCCCACAUCGAGCAGAGGAUUCAGGAGCGGCACGAGCGGCAGCUGGAGCGGCAGGAGAGGCUGGAGAAACAGGAGCGGCAGGAGAAGCAGGAGAGGCGAGGGUCGGGUAAGAGCGGCUCCACGACGCCCAAACGACGAGACUCAGACGACAAGAACGCCAGCCGGGAGAAGGUGAAGAACUCGAGGAACAGGAGCGCUGAAGCGACAGCCACCAAGUCCAGGAGCAUCUCGCCGCCCAAGAGAACGAAGGUGACCAAAACGAAGUCCACCAGCAGCGAGGCGUCCCCGAGCUCGUCCCUGGAGAGUGUCAAGGAGAGCUCGGAGUGGAAGCGACGCACUGCCAAGCCCAGCGAGCCACAGGAGAUCCCGAGGCCCAGAAAAGGUUCUUCAGGAGCCUCGAGCCUCACCGCCGACAAGGGCGAGAGGAAGCCCGACAACGACGAGGCGUACGUGUCCCUGGAGGAGCCUGUGGACGACGGCAUCUUCAGCAGGAGCGAGAGCAUGGACAGCUCCAACACCCUGGAGUCAGACCACACCGUCCGCGCCACGGACACCUCCUCAGACACCCUCGAGAACACAUUCAGCACCUUGGGUAUUCUGGAGACCCUCGAAAACGCCUCCAAGGAAGCCCUCGAGAAGCCGGUGCAGAUCCAGCUGUCGGAGAAGCACGAGCUGGAGAUCUCCAAGGACAAGCAGGUGGCGGCGGAGCGCGUGGUGGUGGAGGUGCGGCCCGCGGCGGAGAGCGUGGCGGAGCUGACGGCCAUCGACGAGGAGGAGGACGAGAAGAGCGUGUUUGCGCGCUCCGUGUCCACCAGCAGCGACAUCGGCAGCAUGCUCAGCGAGAACAGCGAGGCCGACAAGGAGGACGGCGCCGCCGCCUCCAGCACGGCCACCUCCAGCACCAGCACCACGACUACUAUUGCCACUACCACCACCACCACCACCGCCGCCACCACCGCCACGCCGAGGACUAUGGACGCGGACCACCAGCUGGCCGCCCUCACCUGGAAGCGUCGCGGGCGGUCCAUGAGCAUGCAGCCCAGCCAGCCGCCGCCCUUCUCGCACCUGCACCUGUGCCGCUCAAACUCCUUCAACCUGGGCAUGCCCAUCGAGAACCUGGUGGCGCCCUGGGGCGACGUGUGCGCCGGCGCCAUCAGCCGCGCCCUCGAGAUGUUCAAGCUGGACCCCGCCGACCUGACCACGUCCGGCAGGAGCGUCCUGGAGCGGCGCACGUCCCUGCACAGUCAGUAGCGGCGCCGCGGGUGGUCGUCGCCGGUCGCUGGCUACGUACAAUACGUCGUGCGACCCUAAACUCAGGCGCCGCGACGGUCUCCGAGGCCGUCGCGGAGCCGCGCUUGUGAUAACUCUACUCCGUCAUGACGGUCCGACCGAGGCUACGUGGAGGCUUCUGGGAGGCGCCGGGACUCGCCGCCCUGGGCUUGGCGCCCCGGGGGGCGAGGAGGGCUGGGCGGGCGAAGCGGGACGGGGGAGCCGACGGGAAGCCGAACAGUGAUACACUAACCCAUACUGAGGCUCUGCAAUAACACUUGUGAUGUACUUGUCCUCCGUGCCGCCAGCGGAUAUUUAUAUAAGUCAAGUUAAGCUUACUGUUACGGACUACAUAGUGGACGUUUGAUUCCUUGACCCGCACUUUCGUGAGUGCCCGGAACACAUAUGGUAAACAGCUUUAAGCUAUGUACAUACACACUCCUCGAUAGUCUAAGGUCCGGGGAUGGUGGCGGCUUUACUCUCGGCCGGCGGGCAAGCGCUCUCUCUCUCUCUUUCUCUCUCUCCCUUCCUGUGACACGUCCGACGCAUUAUAACACACCUCUACUUUGGGCUUUAUAUUCACCUGUUACGGAAGCUGCUUUACACGUGUAACACCACUACCCUUAUGUGUAAGUCAAGUCUGUGACCAGCGAGCAGGAGGCGCCGCGGCGACGGCCAACGAGGAGGCGGUCGCGGCGCCCCACACGGAGGCUGCGGCACGACGCUAACACACGCUCGGAGGCAUACUUAGGCGAACUGAUGCGAGUCCUGCUAGUCAGUGUACCAUUAGCUUUCAUGAGGGUUAGUGACGCCGCGCCCGCGCCUCGCCUGCGACCCGCCCCGGCAAGGCUCGGCGGCGGGGGCGCGUGGAUGGGUAGGUGGCGACGCCCGCGAUGGGGAGGGGAGGGCGAGGGGGAGAUGGGAAGGAGAAAGGGGAAAGAAAAGAUGAAGGACACCGAGCUAAGAACGGGAGGAGGAAAAAGAUAGAACAAGGAUACCCGUAAUAAAAAGAGGAAGUAGGAGAAACAAGAACGAAGGAAGGAAGGAAAAAAAAGGAGUAGGAAGGUUAGAUUAAAGGAAGACUAGUGCAAAAAGAGGAAAAGAAAA